UAAGAACAUGAUGUGAGUUAUCAAGGGGAUUCAGAGCCACUAAAGAAGAUUUACCUAUCCAUUAUAUGGCAAACAAGAGUAAACAGUAAAACAAAAUGAUGCAGGAAGAUACCUGUAUGGAUGAUAAUAACAAACAAGAUCUUCAGCAGGUUACAACCAGCAGUGUCAAUCUUAGUUGUGGAAAGCAAGAACCAACCAUCCUAAGAAUUUUAACCAAUCAUCUAUUGGACAGUGUUGAUAACAAACUUGAGAAUGAUAUCCAAGAUGUAAACAGGCAUCAUGGUGGUGAUAUAAAUGAAAUUCAACAUGAACCAUGUUUUAAGGAGGUAACUAUUUACCAUAAAGACAGCAGCCAUUAUAGACAUGAUGUAGCAAGUAAUGGUAAAGAACAAAUUGGACAAAACAUUCAGAAAUAUACAACUGAUUAUAAAAGACAGGAAAAAUGUAUUCAGCAAGAUAUGGCUGGCCCUUCUAGGUGCAGUAGUGAGAAUUUAGAAGUCUUACAAGAUUGUGCUAACAGUCAUCAUCUUGACAUCAAGGACCAUCAGAAGGGACAAGACACGCUAGAUGAUACCAAUUAUUAUAAAACUACUCAUGAAAACUAUUCACUUCAACCAAUCCAAGAUCAUAUAUCCUUUCAGAUCAAAGACAUUGACAAUAGUCAACCAGGACAAGAUAUUAUAGAAAACAUAACCAGACAGUGUGAGGACUUUAAGAACAGUCAGCCAAGAAAGAAUAUCAAAGAUAAUAUAGACAGUCAUUGUGAAGACAAUAAGAAUAAUGAACCAAGAAAAGACAUCAAAGAUAAUGUAAACAACCAUUGUGAGGACAUUAAAAACAAUCAGUCAAGAAAGGGCAUCAAAGAUAACGUAACCAGCCAUUGUGAGGACACUAAGAACAGUCGGCCAACAACAGACAUCGAAGAUAAUGUAAUGAGUCAUUGUGAGGGCAUCAAGGACAUUUGUUCACGAAAAGAUACUCACAAUGUGAUUGAACAGUACCAAAAUAAUAGUGAAAAUCAUGAGAUAAAGCAAAUUCAAUAUAAUGUAGUAAGUACUUGUGGGGACAUUCUGCAUAAAAAAGAUAUUCUAGUUGUGACUUAUAAUAAGGAUAAUAAUAAGAAUGAGAACCAGAAUAUGCAACAUUCUGAUGAUGAUCUAAUCAGUCACUAUAGGGACAGUAACAAGAUUCUUCAAGGAAAAGACAAUAGGAACAGUAAUAACAACCAGCAGAUUCAGUAUGUCCAAAGUAAUAUAACCAGUCAGGAUGGGGACAGCAGUGAUCUAAAGCAGGAACAUAUCAUCCAUAAUGUGAUAAAUCUUCAUAAUAGUCAUAGUGAUAGUCAGCAGGAAGAAAAACUUACAGAAGUGGCCAAUUAUUGUGGGAGCUCUAAUAAUUACAACCGGCAGGAACAAAAUAUAGCUAAAAAACUAUGCAAAACUAUCAUGCAGUAUGAUGUUGGAGAUGAAUGUGGUAUAAAAGCAAACAGCAAGCUCAUAACUACAGAGAAAUUAGAAAUAAAUUUAGGUAAUGAAAACAAAGUUUUUUGCACUGAUGAUACAGAUCCAGGUCCUCCAGUGCUAGAAGUGGAAACUUUAGAACCAACAAUUGUCAGUGGUGAAACUGCUCAGUCUCCUCCCAUUCUUGAUGCCUUGUCAUUAACAUCUUUCCAUACUCCAGCCUCCGAAGGACUGCCUAAUUUAUGGUUGAACCCAGAGGAAAAAUCAACUCCUCUUGAAGAGAUACAUCAAGAAAGCCAAACAUCAGUUGAUUCUUACUUUCAUAAUACAGAGCUUGAAGUGAAGCAGAGAGAGAGUACUGGCAAUGAGGAAGAUGGAAGUGAUACUGCUGAGCCAGAAUUUGUUUGGGAAGAUUACCUAGAUGAAACUGGAUGUGAUGCUGUUCCUCCCACAGCAUUUCUUCAUGUAGAAAGAAGCCUUGAAAGUGGAUUAAAGGUAGGAGCUAAAGUAGAAAUCCCCAACCCUGAUUGUCCUGGUACUUAUUGGGUAGCUUCUAUGGUCAUGACCUGUGGUCCUCUUUUAUUACUUCGUUACUUGGGAUUUGGAACAGACCGGUCAGCAGACUUCUGGUGUGACUUGACUUCAAGUGAAGUCCACCCUUUAGGAUGGUGUCAGGACAAUGGUAAAGAAAAGUGUCCUCCUAAUGUUGUUAAGCAGAAGUGUCCAUGCACAUCUUGGCAAGAUUUACUCGAAGAAACCAGAGUUGGCCCUAAAGUACCUUCAUACAUACUGAAAGAGGCAGGAGCUCUGCCUAUAGAACAGAUUAAGCAGGGUAUGAAGAUAGAGGUGCAAGAAGAGUUUCAACCAUCUUUUGUGUGGAUAGCGACGGUAUUAGAAAAUGUUGGUGGCCGGCUGUUGCUCCGGUAUGAUGGCUGUGAAAGUGCCAGCUGGGACUUUUGGUUGUUCUACUUGUCAUAUCAACUGCAUAUGGUUGGAUGGGGCUCACUGCAAGGAUAUGAAUAUAAGCCACCCUCAGACAUAGCUCACCACCAUAACCAGAGGGAAUGGGAAAAAAUUUUGAAAGCUUCAUUUUCAGAAAGUAAGAGUUGUUCACUUCAAGCUGACUUGUUUCGGGGUGAAACAGAAAUCAAAACCCACAACUUUAAGGAAGGAAUGAAACUAGAAGUUGUAAGUCCUUCAAAUAGACUUCAGAUCUACCCAGGAACUGUCAUUAAGGUCAUUAACAAUCAUUUUUUCCUGGUAACGGCUGAUGACUACCGAAAAGAAGCAGAUAAACUAAAGGUGACACCUGAAAGACAGGUUCUUCCACCAACUUUGUGUUGUCAUGCUGAUUCUCACCUUAUUUUUCCCAUCAAUUGGGCAAAGCAACAUGGUCUGAGAAUACACUUCCCCAAAGGUUACCUGGAAAAUCCAGGAAAUAAAGAGUUUGACUGGGAGAAGUACCUGAUCUUCUGUGGAGCAGAAGCUGCACCAGAAGAUUAUUUUAACUUGAUUUGCCCAAACCCUGGGUUUGAAGGCAAUAUGAAGUUAGAGGCAGUAAAUCCAUUCCAACCUCAUCAGAUAUGUGCUGCAACAGUAACUAGGGUGAUAGAACCCAUCAUGUGGAUUCAGCUAGAUAGUGUGGACACAUUCCACCCCCACCACAUUGUUCCUCUUAACUCUCAAGAGAUCUUUCCUGUUGGUUGGUGUGAGAGCAAUAGCUAUCCCCUCAAACCCCCUCGCACCUGCCUCAGUAAACGACAGCGAAAACUUAUGAAAAAGAUAGGCUUUACCUCCACAGAUGGAACAUACUCACUCAACAAAACUGGAGAAGUUAAAAGUUCAACUACAAAAGUAGGUGGCAAGGCUUGGUGCCCCAAAAUUUAUUUCAACCAUCGAUGUUUUACUGGACCAUACCUUAGUAAAAGCCGUCUAGCUGAACUACCCCGACACAUAGGACCAGGACCCGUAGCCCUUGUGAUGAAGGAAGCAGUAUCCAUGUUGGUGAAUGUAGCAUAUCAGUCGCGCCGAGUUUUGAGAGAACUUCAGCUUCAUGGGAGAUCUGACCCUAGUAUGCAGCAACAUUUUCUAAAGGCCAAGCACAAAGGAAGAACUCACCGUGCCAUGGUAGAAGUAGCACGGCGAAGUGACCAGGUGGAAGACUUUUGUAAGAAAAUCUGUAAACAGUUAGAAUGCUGUCCUUACCUAUUUGGUCCAAAGUAUGUGGGAGACGAUUGUCCAGAACGAUGUUUUAGUCUCACCAAAACUAAAUAUGUACAAAAUAUGCUAAAGAAGAAAAUUAGCCAGACCCCCCCUUCAGCGGGAGUUUAUAGACGAGGAAAAGGAAAAAAACGUAGAUGUUGGCGAGUGUUACAGAAGUACAUCAAGCAGAAACAACCGAUUACAGCAGCUACCACCACCAAUGCUGAAGUGGGGGAAAGUGUUGGGAAUAUCACACCAGGAGCAACUUUGAGGAAAUUAGCAACACAUAGGAAACGAAAAUACAAAAGGCUAAUACAACAGCAUUCUCCAGUUGUCACUCGAGGUUCCAGGUUUAGCACCGUCAGUCUAGAGCAACGUGGUGUGAAGAGACAACAGAGCCUAACUCCCGAAUACCUACAGCCACCUAAAAAACCCCAUAUCCCUGUUAAUGUGGCAAUAAGCGGUACUGUUGAAAGAUCAAAGCUUUUGACACAUGUUCCAAAAACAGAAUGCAAUGUUGAAAGUGCCAACGAUGUUAAGGUUCUAAAGCCAGUAGAACUUAAAUCUAAUCCCCUGGAAUGGUCAGUAGAUGAUGUUGUGACAUACAUCAAGUCUACUGACUGUGCUCCUCUGGCACGGGUUUUAAGAGAGCAGGAAGUAGAUGGCCAAGCAUUACUUCUUUUAACGCUCCCAGCAGUUCAAGAAUUUUUGGAACUGAAACUGGGACCAGCCAUUAAGUUCUGUCACCAAGUGGAGCAGGUGAAGUUGGCCUUCUACACUCGGUUUGCAAAGUAGCGAUUACUGAUGUAAGGAAGCUGUGAUCGUAAGACUAGACAAGUGAAAUAAAUA